GCAGCCGCAGCAGCAGCCGCAGCAGUGCCCCCGCAGCCGCAGGUGCUUCGCACGGAAGCAGGCUGUUGCUUGCUGUGUCGUGAGAAGAAGGGGCUUACAGUUCUGCAGCUGCUCAGGGUACACCUGUCUUCGGAGGUUCCGGAAGAAGGAGGAGACAGCAGUGCCUCAGUCGAGGUCGCUGCCACGCGAUCGGUGACUGGCGAACCACAGGAUAGUGCUACGGGAAGCGCAACUGAGGCGGCAGCGUGCAGCAACGCUUACAGCAGCAUGAAUGGCGACUUCUCGGUGCAGCAGCAGCAGCAGCAGCCUCUGCAAACUGUUUUAAUGCCAUUGUUGUUCGUUCCGGGAGCAACAAAGGAGGCGUCGUGGUCUCCGUGCGGUCGAAGACUGGCUGUGGUGACUUCGGCUGGAGGACUGUUGCUGCUGGAGCAUCCGACGUGGAGUGUGACUCCCCAGGUGCAACUGCAAGCUGCGCAGCAGCUGCUGCGCGCGGAGUGGCUGCUGAAGCAGGAGCGAGGGGAGUCGAAGGGUUCUGCAGCAGCGGCAGCCGCCGCUGCUGCAAUUGCAGGUGCAACAAUCGCCGCUGCCCCCACUGCAGCGCAAGCUGCGGCUGCAGCACUUCGGGAGGAGGUUCUGCAGCUGGUUACUGCCGAGCUGCAGCAGGAGCUCGUGUCUGCACCCCUGAAGCCAGAAAUCGUGCCUCAGGAUCAACACGCGCAGCUUGAAGACUACCAGCAGCAGCCCGUGCAAGUGGAUCCCCAGGCUCAGGUGAAGGCGCUCCACUGGUCGCCUCUCGGAACUUAUUUGGUAGCAAAUAUCCAGCCAGACGUGCGUUCCCAGCUGAUGCAGCAGCGAGGCAGCAGCAACAACAGCACAGAAGGCGGCGUCAGCGGAGGCACUGAGGCCACUACCAACAAACCCGAAGUUACACCCCCUCCUCCUGCUGCUGCUGCUGCUGCUGCUGCUGCUGCUGCUGCUGCUUCCUCCGCAACACCGGGGGCAGCUGCUGUCUCCGAGCACAACGUAUUUGUGUGGGAAGUCUCGACGCGCAGCGUCAUGGUCUCAUUGCAGCAGAAGAGGCUUGUCUGGCCCCUCCUACAAUGGAGGGAUGAUGAAGCCUUUUGCUGCAUGCAGAGUCGACCGCAUUUGCUGGUGUAUCCUGGUAACGACCUGAGACGCCUUCUCCUCCGCGUGUUUGUGCGGCGUCUGAAAACCUUUGAGGUGUGCCCGGCUUUGCAGCUUCAGCAGCAGGAGGAGCAGCAAGCGCAGCAGCAGCAGCAGCGAUUGUGCAUUGCCUGUUUCUCCUUUGGAGCCACCCAGCAGCAGCAGCAGGCGGCUGCUUCCCCGCCGUCCUUCUCGGUUAUUGAAAUUCCCAACGUUGCAGCGGCUGCCUCGUUCUCUGCAUGCGCAGUAGCCGCUGCGAAGGAAAACGGAGAGGACGUGGAGGCGGCUGCUUGCUUCGAACCAGCACCGAAUCCUCAGCAGCAGCUUCUGGACGUGCUGCAGGAGCAGCUGCAGAAGUGCGUGGACUCUGCGGGGGGGGGUGCAGCAGCAGCAGCAGCAGCAGCAGCUACUGCUGCUGCUGCUGCUUCAGUGCCUGCCGCUCGGGCUGCUGCUGCUGUGUCUGCGGCAACAGCAGUCGAAGCCUUGGCAGCCUAUGAAAAGUCGCUGGUACGGCUGCUAGCGUGGCAAAUUCUGCCAUCUGCGGAUUCUACGGAUUUCCAGUGGAGUCCGUCGGGCGCAGCGCUGCUCGUUGUCGCCAACACCACAGUGGAUGCAACAGGGGAAAAUUAUGGAGGCGUGGGAGACUGCUGGGCAGUGUCUCUGGGACCGCCGCAGCAUCCCCAAGCAAUCUCCGCGCUGCAGCACUUACAGCGGCUCGCUCUCCAGCAGCAGCAGCAACAGCAGCAGCCACAAGAGGAGUCUCGGUUGUCGCUAUACUGCUGCGUGCGGCGCAUCAGCAAGAAGGUCGUGCAGGAUGUCAAGUGGAGCCCUACAAGGGACGAAUUUGUCCUUAUUGAAGGAAAAUCUCCGAGCGACAUUGUACUGUUGGAUCGCCAAGGACGCACGCAGUUUGUAUUUCCGCGCCGCUACCGCAACUUUGUGUCCUUCUGUCCGUUCGGGCAGAUGGCAGUAAUUGCUGGCUUUGGGAAUUUAGCCGGUGAAGUAAGCUUCUAUUUCCGAGACAGGGCCUCUCACGGCAUGCAGCACAUCAGUGAAUUCAGAGCGCCUUGCAGCGUUUUAGCGCUUUGGGCUCCCUGCGGCUCGUAUUUCGCAACGGCGUCCACUUACCCCCGCAUGAAAGUCGACAACUGCCUGAAUGUUUUGGACUACACAGGCGAGCCUGUGCAGCGCCUCCAGUUUGACGAGCUGUAUCACAUUGCCUGGAAACCUGAGUCCGACUUAGUGCCUCCGCUGCCUCCCCGCCGAAACGAACGGCUGCUAGCUCUAGCAGAAAAUCAAGCUUUUAGACCUCGAGGUGCUGCGCAGCAGCGCGGGAUCACUGCCCGCAUCAUGAAUGGGGAGGCUCUCGACGAGUCCGAGCUGCCCGAGGAACUGCGCAGGCAGCGCGAGCAGAUGAGGAGACGCAAGACAGCUGCUGCUGCAGCAAAGAAAAAAGAAACCGAGAUUGUCGAAUUGGAGUGGAGGCGGCAGCCAAGAUCUGAGCAAAAAGCAUCUCAGGACGAGGCAGCGGGAGCAGCUGCCGCUGCUCCCGCUGCUCCAGCGGCGGAGAAGAAGCAGAGGAGCGCAGGCAGCGGCAGCUCCACCAAUUUGUCACAAGUCAUUUCCGCAGGUAAAGGUACCGCGCUAUCAGCAGCAACAGGACGCCAGCAGCUGCAAGAGGGUGCUCCCCCUGCGUCAGGCAGCGGCCCUUCUUCGGGUGAUGAAGCGACAGAGGCGCAGUGUACUGCAGCAAAGCAGCAGCGGCAGCAGCAGCAGCUGUCACAGCAGCAGCAGCAGCAGCGCAGGAAGGCUUCAGACUUUGCCUCUUUUGGGCCAGAUUUUGUGGCUCCCAAUGCAGUGGAAGAUUUGGCAGCGAUGUUGGAGCAGCACUCUCUGCAACACAUCCAGCAGCAACAGCAGCAGCAAAAACAGCGCCAGCAACAUUGGCAGCAGCAGUGGCAGCAGCAGCAGCUCCAACAACAGCAACUGCAGCAGCAGCUGCAACAACAGCAGCAGCUACAACAACAGCAGCAGCUACAACAACAGCAGCAGCUGCAACAACAGCAGCAGCUGCAACAACAGCAGCAGCUGCAACAACAGCAGCAGCAGCUACAGCAGCAGCUACAGCAGCAGCAACUGCAGCAGCAGCUGUUGCAGCAGGGUUCUCGCAAUGCAGGACCGCAACAGCACCAGCAGGCAGCACCAGCAACUCUCCAAGCGUUGGGGGCAACACCGGCUGCGGUGGGUGUUAUUGGCUCCCAGGUGCGGCCACAGCAGCAGCAGCAGCAGCAGCAGCAGCAGCAGCAGCAGCAGCAGCAGCAGCAAUUGUCGCAGCAGCAGCAGCAGCAACUGUUGCAGCAUCUGCAGCAGCAGCUUCAGAUGCAUCAUGCGGGAAGCGGUGGUUUCUCGCGGGUACCAGGACACAACACGCAGCAGCAGCAGCAACAGCAGCAGCAGCAACAGCAACAGCAGCUAUCGGCAGAAGAGCUUUCUGCAGCAUUGCGGAUGGUGCUGCCUAAUGCCCCUGCAGCGCAGCAGCAUCAGUUGCUGCGUCAGCUGCAGCAACAUCAGUGGCAACAAGCCAACCGAGGAGAAGGCGCACUCAGCGCCAUUGCAGCAGCUGCUGCACGACAGCAGCAGAUGCUGCUUCUUAGGCAGCAGCAGCAAGAUCUGCAACAGCAACAACAGCAACAGCAGCAACAGCAACAACAGCAACAGCAGCAGCUGGAGUCCCAGCUGCGACCCUUACUGCAGCAGCUGCAGCGCAGCAGCGGAGACGCAACACUCGGGCGUGGAGCUGUUGCAAUGCAGCAGCAGCAAAAAGCGCUUGCACUGCUGCGCGCCGCUGCAGCGCAGCAGCAAAAACAGCAGCAGCAGCAGCAACAGCAACAGCAACAGCAACGUAGUUUGUCCUUGCAGCAGCAGCAAGCCUUGCAGCAGCAAGAACUGCAACGCCAGCAGCAACAAAUGCAGCAGCAGCAACAGCUGUUGCAGCUGCAGCAGCACCACUCGGAGCUGCAACGGGAUGCUGCGCUGGAUUUACAGCAUCAGCAUCACCCCCAGAGACAGCCGGCUUCCCCUGCAGCAGCAGCGGCUGCUGCCCUAAUGCAACUUCCUAGGGAACAAGCUCGCUUGCUGCUGCAGCGGCUGCAACAAGGAGAAGGAGCCCAGAAAACCGCGCAACUGCUGCAACAAUUGCAGCAGCAGCAGCUCGAGCAGCAGGAGGCGCAGCAGCAACAGCAGUAUCGUGGCUCUCGCGCUGCAGCCGCAGCUCAGCAACGGUACGGUGUGCGACAGCAAGCGUGGGAUAGCAGCAGCGCCGAAAAUGAGCAGCACCAAUACGCGAGGCAGCAGCAGCAGCAGCAGCAGCUUCAAUUGCUACAGCAAUUGCAGCAGCAGCAGCAGCAGCAGCAAUUGCAGCAGCAGCAGCCGCCGCCGCAGCAGCAGCAGCAGCAGCAGCAGCCGCAACAGCAGCAGCAGCAGCAGCACAAGCAGCAGCUGCAGCAGCAACUGCUGCUCCAGCAACAGCUCCAGCAGCAGCAACAACUGCAGGAACAGCAAUUGUUACAGCAGCAGCAGCAACUGCAGCAGUUAUUGCAGCAACAGCAGCAGCGGCAGCAGCAGCAGAACCGCCGGCCUGAUGUAAUGACUGAAAAAUGUUGGCAGUACAUUGAUCCGAAAGGCCAUGUUCAGGGCCCCUUCCUCAUCAAGGAGAUGUUCAUUUGGAAUACCAUGGGUUACUUUGAUCCAGCGCUUCCCGUGCGCUGCUGCCCCUCGGACAGGUUUGUUCCACUGAAUAAACUGUAUCCGCCUCCAAUAAGGCCUUUCACGCAGCCACCCAAGCCUCAGGCAGCGGCGACUGUUGCAGCAGCCGCAAUAGCCGCAGCAGCAGCCACCACUGCUGCUGGGUUCGGAACUAACAACGGGGGCGUGCCCUCAACUUCCAAUACACAAAACACGGGGGGACUCACUGCUCCCUCCUCGACUCUCCUUGAGGAUUGCGGCAAUGGCAAUAACACCGGAAGCUCUGGAGGGCCUUCCCUGGGCGAGCUUGGCGCUGCAGCUGCUGCCUCUGGGGGCAGCAUACCCCAUAGCAGCAACAACAACGAUGGGCGCAGUUGA